AUGGUGAACAAGCUGGUGUGCAGACCCACUCGCUCCCUCUACUUCUACCUGGCCUGUCUGUCCCUGGCCUUGCACCUCUCCCUGGUUUUUUUCUGCGUCGCUGUGCUCCAAACGGCCUGUGUCCCACCAUCCUCCUCCUCAUCGUCCUUCUCUUUAGUAUCGGUCCAAAGAGCUGCCAAUGAUUACAUACAAAACAUAAGUGCCCUAAGAGACCGGACCCCAGACCUCACCCAGACAGGCGGGACAUUAGCGGCUGGUCCGAUAGUCAAAAACCGCUCCAAGCUGAAAGACUUGUUUAAUCACCCGCUGUACAAUCUGUCACGUCCGGAGCUCCAAGAGGACGAUUGGCUGAUGAGGGUGAAGGUAGACAAAGAGAAAAGUGAGGAAGUAAAGGACAGUGUUUUUGAAAGUAAUUGGGAGAGUGCCAGUUUGGAGAAAGGCUUUGACAAGAUCAGCUGGACUAAAGACACGGACACACACCCCCCAUGGCUGCGCUUUCACCUGGCCAUCACACGCCAUCAGCUGUACGAGCGCCAGGACCCCAUUCUGCAGCAGCUCAUGCACUAUCUGGCAACCGAACGCAUCCUCGGGGCUGGGGAGCUGGAAACGAGCGAGCUGCAGGCGCCUCAUACAAUUGACUCGACGCAGUUGUCACACUGUGUGCCGUGUUUUAAAGAGGAACUGUUCAGAAAUCAGGAGGCACGCAACUAA